CCCACUCCAAUCACCACUCCCCCCCUUUAACAACACCAACUCCAAAACAUGUCUUCACCCACCUCCAGCCGUGACCCUUACUACGGCUACGGUCCCAUCUCAGUGCUCUCCACCUCGAUUGUCACCACCCUCUUCCCACCCAUGGUCACCAACCCGGAUGAGCCCUACCCCGUCACUGAGACUGGCAAACGCAUGCCGAAGCUGGUCGACUUCAUCGCCUAUGCCUUGUACCGCACUCGAUUGAACGAUGCUAUCGUGCACUCGUCCUUAUUGCUGUUGACCAGGCUAAAACAGCGUUACCCCUCUGCCCGGGGAACUCCCUCAAGCCCCCACCGCUUGUUCCUGUCAGCUCUGAUGCUGGCAUCAAAGAUGUCAAUGGACGACACCUACUCUAACAAAUCGUGGGUCAUCGUCGGCCAAAACAUGUUCAGUCUCUCGGAAGUGAACCGAAUGGAGCGAGAAUUGUUUGGCUUCCUGAAUUCGAACUGUUACGUGACCAAGGAAGAGCUGAAGGAAUGGUGCCAAGAAUGGUGUGGCCAGACGGACGAGGAGGAGGACUUGGUGGAUGACGAAGAGCUUUACGAGCUCCAAGAGCCUCACGUGCACCAUGGCCCAUCGAUGGUCGAGCCCACUGGUUGCGACUCGAGCGACUCCAACAGCCCGAUCUCUUGCUCGACUACCACCACCUCUUCCCCCUCUCCUCGCACACCCGAGGAAGGCUGCGAGGACGAAGUGGAUGCCCGUAACCGAUGGAAAUCUUGCCAACAUCCCGUCAGCAUUCUCCCGUCGUCUGCUAACGCUAAACCGACGUCUCAUGCUCCUACUAGCAUUAGCUCCAUUCAACAUAUCCUCAACUCGCCCUACUGAAUAUUUUUCGGCCACCUAAAAAGACACCCCUCCACCAGGCCCAUCUUUUUUUUUCUGCUCAUCUCACUUGCUGUAGCUUAAUUCUCCCCCAUCUUGUUUACUCUUGCUCUUUCCUCCUCCUCCUCCUCAUCCAUUGGACUUUAUCAUAUUCGAUCUGACAUACUUAUAUAUACAUACACACAUAUAUAAAAAAAUCAACCUCCACAUCCCAUCUCCUCAUCAUCCGUUCAUCCAGAAGAAGAAUACUUGUACAUGCUUCCCCUUCUCUCCCCUCGUCUUAUUUCUUUUGUUUUCUACCAAAAAAAAAAACAUUAAACGAAAUCGAAAAAAAUAUAAAUACUCUUGAAUUAUCUACUGUUGUCAAUCGUCCUCCUCUU